CGCGGUAUGACAGACAACGUUAGCAACAGUAGCAAGCAGGAAGCUUCCAGCAAGCUGCUUCUUCGCAGCAAAAAAAUCUUUGUGGGUGGCAUCAGCUGGGACACUAACGAAGCCGAUCUGACAAAUUUCUUCUCUACUUAUGGCGAGGUAUUGCAUGUCCAGAUCAAGUACGAUCACUACACCGGUCGCUCAAGGGGUUUCGCUUUCGUCGAGUUUGCCACCGUUGAAGGAUGCAAGAAGGCUUUGGAAAUGAAAAAUUGUGAAAUCAAAGGGAAGAAAUGCGAGCUUAAACCCGCUAAAUCCCGUGAAAACAAGAAAAUUUUUGUCGGUGGCCUUCCGUCCGAUUUUUCGCUCGAGGAGCUUCGAUUUCAUUUCGAAAAAUUUGGAAAGGUGGACGAGAUCGAAUGGCCAUUUGAUAAGUUCCAAAACAAACGAAAGAAUUUUGCUUUCAUCGUUUUUGAAGAUGACGAUGCUGCUCAGUCAGCUGCCAAUGAACCAAAGCAGAGAUUUGGAGAUCGUAUGUGUGAUGUCAAAAUCGCUGUUCCGCAGUACAUGCGUCCGCAGAAGCAGAUGAGCAUGGCACCGACUUGGCCAGGUGGUUGGGGUGACUACACAGGCUAUGGAUACGGUGGAUAUGGCGGUGGCUAUGGUUAUUAUGACGACUGUUAUAAUUACGAUUAUCCACCUCCUCCGCCGGCUGGCGGUUACCCCGAUUAUGCUGCAUGGGCAGGUAAUGUUCUGUCGCUUUUCGUUUAUGUUUACAAAUAA